AGCCGUGGGCUGCGGCGGUCGGGAGCUCGGCUGGGGCAUCAGCCCCUAGGUUGAGGCCUGCCCAAUUACGGGAGGGACUCGGGGAUGCCCCCGGCGACGACGGGGAAAGGUAACGCGAGCCGGGCCCCCGCAGCGCCGAGGAGGGGAAUGGAUUGAAGCCGCCCGGGCCGGGUCCCGCACCUCUAGGCCCGCAUCCCCGCGACUUGCUCCCUUCCUUGGACUCCUCACCUCCCGGAUCCACUCCAGUCUUCGUAGAACAAGUGUUGGCCGGUGUCCCUCAACAUACACCAACCCGCCUUGCGAAAACGUAAAUUUUUAAAAAGUUGAAGAGACAAGGAAUUGUUCGUUUUACCUUCAGUUUACGGUUUAUCGUUAAGGUUAGAUUCCUGCUUGAGCAGAACUUGGUGCCAAAUCAGCUUCCUCUAGUUUAUUACCGUGAAGAGAAAAACGCGGUUUCACCCUGUGCUGAACGCACUCCCGUUUCCCUCGUCUUUUGCCUCCAGCCAGAUGGGUUUCACCUGCAAGGAAUAGUUUGCACAGGCGAUAAUCUCUCCCAUUUCUCGAAUAUUUCUCAUCCAGCUUCUUUUUUUUUUUUUUUUUUUUUUUUUAAUCUCUAUUGGCUUUAUUGCGAUUCUAGAAUACGGCAACACAUUAUUCCAUAAAACAGAACAGUGUUCCCUUUCUGAACACAGUGGUCCAGCUUUCUGAACCUCCAUUUUUACUCCCCUUGGGCGGCAGUGGGUCUGCUAGACGCUUGUUUGCCCGAACAAAGUUUACUGAACACCUAGUAUAUGCCGGGCGGUAAGCACUGGAGAUACAGAGACAGGCAAGAGAGAUACAACGGUAAUGAAGGUGUGUUCCCUGCGCUCAAAUUCAUUCACAACCCAUGAGGGGUGAGCGGGUGUGGACAAGUGAACAGGUAGUUCUAGAAUCUCGACAGCACAGUACGUUCUUGGGCUGCUGUGUGGUUUCACCGAGGAGACCAGUGGAAUGGAUGGCACAAACCGGGAGUGGGACCGGGGCAGCAGAGCUGAGUGUGAGGUUGCACGGAGGGAACCUCGUUCCGGGAUGCUCUGCAGCCCGAGCCAGACUGCUUAGGCACUGUGGGGUUUAAACCCUGCUCUACAAAUAGGAGCCACUGUCUCUGAUUGUUUCCUUCACUCAGUGGGGACCUUAAUCUCAUCUAGAAAAUAAGGAGAACUACUGAGUGAUCCAAAGGGACUUUUCAAUUGAAAAAGCUGUCUAUACAUUUUUCUGAACAGCUUAAUUUGGCCAGAAAGCAUCACCUUUAUGCCCCCGAAGGAAACAAACAAAAGGCAUUGACCAUCGCUACUUGGAUGAAUUUGACCAUCUCUUAGGAGACUUGAAUGUUAAGUUUGUAUAAAUGAAUAAACCAGUUCUGUCUUGUUUGGAACAAUGCUGAAAUUCCAAGAGUGUGUGAGUGUAUCAACAACUCUUUCCACUUCUCCAAAGAGAUUGAUUGCAAGAAGAUAUAUGCUUCAACAGAAACUUGGCAGUGGAAGUUUCGGAACUGUCUAUCUGGUUUCAGACAAGAAAGCUAAACAAGGAGAGGAAUUAAAGGUACUGAAGGAAAUAUCUGUUGGAGAACUAAAUCCAAACGAGACUGUGCAAGCCAAUUUGGAAGCCCAGCUCCUCUCCAAGUUGGACCACCCAGCCAUUGUUAGGUUCCAUGCAAGCUUUGUGGAGCAAGAUAAUUUCUGCAUUAUCACAGAGUACUGUGAGGGCCGAGAUUUGGACUAUAAAAUUCAGGAAUAUAAAGAAGCUGGAAAAACCUUUCCAGAAAAUCAAAUAAUAGAAUGGUUUAUCCAGCUGUUGCUGGGAGUUGACUACAUGCAUGAGAGGAGGAUACUUCAUCGAGAUUUGAAAUCAAAGAAUGUAUUUCUGAAAAAUAAUCUACUUAAAAUUGGUGACUUUGGAGUUUCUCGACUCCUUCUGGGAUCUUGUGACAUGGCCACAACUUUAACUGGAACUCCCCAUUAUAUGAGCCCUGAGGCUCUGAAACACCAAGGCUACGACACAAAGUCGGACAUCUGGUCACUGGCAUGCAUUUUGUAUGAGAUGUGCUGCAUGAAUCAUGCCUUCACUGGCUCCAAUUUCUUGUCCGUUGUUCUAAAAAUUGUUGAGGGAAACACACCUUCUCUUCCUGACAGAUAUCCGAGAGAACUAAACGCCAUCAUGGAAAGCAUGUUGAAUAAGAAUCCUUCAUCGAGACCAUCUGCUAUAGAAAUUUUAAAAAUUCCUUACAUUGAUGAACAGCUACAGCAUCUGAUGUGUAGAUAUUCGGAAAUGACUCUGGAAGACAGGAAUGUGAAUUGUCGGAAGGAGGCUGCUCAUAUAAUUAAUGCCAUGCAACAAAAGAUCCACCUACAGACUCUGCAGGCACUGUCAGAAGUGCAGAAAAUGACGCCGAGAGAAAGGAUGAGGCUGAGGAAGCUCCAGGCGGCUGAUGAGAAAGCCAGGAAGCUGAAAAAGAUUGUGGAAGAAAAAUAUGCAGAAAAUAACAAAAGAAUGCAAGAAUUGAGAUCGCAGAACUUUCAGCAGCUGAGUGUUGAUAUACUCCAUGAAAAAAAACAUUUAAGAGGAACAGAAGAAAAGGAAGAGCGACCUAAGGCAAGACUUUCUUGUUGGCCCCAGGAGGAGGAUAAGGAGAGGCAGCCAGGCGGGGAAGAGGAAUUUGAUGAACCGACUUCAGAGAACCUGCCUGAGUCUCAGCCUAUUCCUUCCCGGGACCUCAGUGAACUUGAAUCAAGUGUAGAGGACAUCAUAACUGACCUUGGACAUCAUGCUAAUGAAUGGCUGAGAGAGAUGUGGUGAAGUCAUGGAGUUGGAAAGCACCUGGGAAGUUCUCUAGCUAUCACUUGGAACAUAAAGCCCUUAGUCUAGAAUAUGAUCCAUAUGAUCAUGAGGUUUGGGGUUUUAUUCUAAUAUCAGCUGACCAACUUUAUCUUCCACAAAAAGUGUUAACAGAGUUUUGGGUUCUUCUCUCAGGAGGAAAAUUGGGUAUUUAGAGGUGUGGGGCUAGGAUCCUUUUGCUCCUCUCUUUUUGGUUUUUAUAGUUGGAGGGCUCACAUUUGAGUGUCAGGGAAUCGUACCAACAGGUCUAAAAGGACCUGGUGCCUGCCAAAGCAGCUAAGCGUCAUAGAACAAAAGGUGAUAGCCCAGACUCCCAAAUCUAGCCCAAGAUGGAGAAGCAGGGGGAGCUAUCUGGCUCUUAAGUCCUCAGAAAAGAAGACCAAAUGCUGGGGUCACUUUCACAUUCUUGGAUCUCUCAUCACUUCUGAGCUUUAGAUGUCUUCAAGACUUUAUUUAUAAACACAAAUUGAUCAUGGUUUUAUUUCAUAUUUGUCACAUAUUCCACUGAGUUACGUUUGUUUCACGAUAGUGUUUCCACCUGACUGUAAUAUUUAAUCCCAGAAAUAAAGACCCCUACAGCCACUCACUAAUUUUCUGAGUUCUAGAGGAUAAUUAGAAUGAGUCUAAUAUUGAAUAAAGAUGGGCUGAUUCUCCUCCCUGAGGCAUAUUUAAUAAUUUAUAGUGUUCCUUCUGCAUGACAAGUCUCUAACUGAAAUGUAAAAGAUUAUAUCCAAUUUGAAAAAUUUAAAUGGAUACAGCCUAACACCUGCCCAA